AUAGAAAAUAAAGCAAACACGCAACAUCACGAUGCUUCUGACCCCAUCUUAUGUACAUUCUAUUUUAACAUCUCUUAGUUAAGUUCCAGGUCAUAUCUCGGAUAAUUUUAAUCAAAUUCUGAUAACAAAUUCUCGUAAUUCUGUUUCGUUCCGUCGACCACGUCGCAUCGCAAUCACAAGACCAUUUUUUGAAAACGCCAAACGGUGUGUACGAGUAUCGAAUGUGAAAUAAAACGGCUGGUUUUUAAGUUAUAAGAAAUCGAAAUGGCAGAAGCAACUUACAUCGAUGGUCCGGAUCAAAUUAUACCUUGCGAUGAACAUAUUUGUACUGAUCUAAACGGCGUAGUUAAACUAAGAAUUCCAGAAAACGGUAAAGCUAUUGAAACGAUCAAACCCAUCUCAGCACCAGGUCUUCUCAUGAGAACAGCUUCAGAAUAUCCGGAUAAAAUAGCACUGGCUUAUAAAGAUAAUGGAAAGUGGGAAAAUGUUACUUAUAAACAAUACCUUGAAAACGUCCGGACUUGUGCUAAAGCUUUCUUACAAUUGGGUUUGGAACCAGGACAUUCAGUAUGCAUUUUGGGUUUUAAUAGUCCAGAAUGGUUUUAUUCACAUCUAGCGGCUAUAUUUGCAGGAGGUGUGGCAGUAGGAAUUUAUACCACCAAUUCACCUAAAGCCUGCCACUACUGUGCAGAUAACAGCAAAGCUAACAUAAUAGUUGUAGAAGAUGAAAAGCAAUUAGCCAAAAUAUUGGAAGUUAGAUCGCAGCUUCCAAAAUUGAAAGCAAUAGUACAAUACAGUGGAGAAAUCACACAUCCUGACGUGAUAAGUUGGAAGAGACUGAUGGAAAUUGGUGCUCAACAAGCGGACGAUGACUUAAAUUCGGCCCUGAAAAAAGUCGCAAGUAAUAAAUGCUGUACAUUGGUGUACACGUCUGGUACCGUGGGUAACCCAAAAGGUGUUAUGCUAAGCCACGACAACAUGACAUGGAAUGCCUUAGCUUUGCUCGAACGUCUAGGAAUCGUUGCCGGUAGUGGCGAACGUGUGGUUAGUUAUCUUCCUCUAAGUCACGUGGCUGCUCAAAUAGUUGACAUAUACAUUAUGAUGACGAUAGCGGGGACUAUAUAUUUUGCCGAUAAGGAUGCACUUAAAGGAUCGCUCAUCAAUACGCUACAGGAAGUUGAACCAACCAAAUUUUUAGGAGUACCUAGAGUUUAUGAAAAAAUAUAUGAAAAAAUGAUGCAAAUCGCUGCAAAAAACGGAACUGUACGGAAAUAUAUAUCGGGAUGGGCAAAGAAACAGGCCCUACAACAUCACAUCGAUAGUAUGAACGGAAUCAAGUCAUAUACUUGGGGAUAUGCAUUAGCCAAAAAUCUGAUUUUUAGUAAAGUUAAAGAGGCGCUAGGUCUGUCCAAGUGCACUUAUUUUGUUAGUGCCGCAGCUCCUUUGUCCACGGAUAUCAAGAGAUAUUUUCACAGCAUAGACAUUCCAAUAAUGGAAUGUUUUGGUAUGUCUGAAGCUAGUGGGGGUCACACUAUUGGAAUUGAAGGUGCUACAAAUUUCGAAUCUAUAGGUAUGACUAUUCCUGGCAUGAAAACAAAAUUAUUCAAUGUUGAAGACGGUCAGGGUGAAAUAUGUUUGUUUGGAAGACAUGUAUUCAUGGGAUACUUGGAUGAACCACAGAAGACAGCUGAAACUAUAGAUGAAGAAGGAUGGUUACAUACAGGCGAUUUGGGUAGAAUAGACGACAAAGGUUUCAUAUACAUUACUGGUAGAAUAAAAGAGCUAUUGGUAACUGCCGGAGGUGAAAAUAUCCCUCCAGUACCUAUUGAACAACAAGUGAAAAGUGAAUUACCUCAUAUAAGUAAUGCCUUUUUGAUAGGAGAUAAACGCAAAUUUUUAUCAAUCUUAGUUAGCUUAAAGACUGAAGUAGAUCCCGACACUGGUGUACCGCUCGGCAAUUUGACUUCUGGAGUUAAACAAUGGUUACAAAGUUUGGAAUGUCCUGCCGAAACAGUAAAAGAAGUUUUAGCGGCUGGUCCGGAUAAGAGAUUGAUGGACGAGUUGAUGCGAGGUAUAGAAAGAGUCAAUAAGAAUGCUACUUCUAAUGCACAAACUAUCAAGAAGGUUGCAGUGCUUCCGGCCGAUUUUUCUGUUCCUACUGGAGAGUUGGGUCCAACAAUGAAAGUGAAACGAAGAAUUGUUGAACAAAAAUAUGCAGACAUUAUUGAAAAAAUGUACUCAUAAAUUUCUUAUUUUGUUUAAUAAAUUAAUAUACACUCAAUUCAAUAAGUUGAACUCACUUUCAAUUAUAAUGUAUAUUAUAAUGCAAAUUAUGGAUUUUCACAAAAACAGAUUUUGUAUAAAUAAAACAAAAAAUAUCUUCACAAAAGUUACAAAAUAUUGGAGUGCACGAAUGAAAAAAAUUUACUAUGUAAAUUAUAAAGUUGUUCUUAUUUUAUUAAAUGUAUGGUUACCAAACCCAUACCUCCUAAAUCUCGUUUCAUUCAGGUUUAUUAAUAAAAUAUUUUGAGUAUGA